UGCCGGGUCGCUCCCUCCGCGCUGGGGCCCGCCCGCGGGGCCGGCCGCCUGUCAGAGGAAGGUGGCGAUGGUGCGCCCUGUGGCGGUGGCGGCUGCGGCGGUUUCCCUGGUCCGAGCUCAGGAAGGAGAAGAUGACUGACCGGCCGGCUGACUGAAUGAAUGAAUGAAUGGCGGAGCCGAGCGCGCCAUGAGGAGCCUGCCGAGCCUGGGCGGCCUCGCCCUGUUGUGCUGCGCCGCCGCCGCCGCCGUCUCAGCAACCUCGGCGGGGAAUGUCACCGGUGGCGGCGGGGCCGUGGGGCAGGUGGACGCAUCGCCAGCUCCGGGCUUGGGCGGCGAGCCCAGUUCCCUUUUCUCUAAGGCGACGGCUCCCGCGACCAAGGCCCCGAGGGGUGGACCCCUGCGCACUAUCGACCCCCGACCCCCGGCGGCGAUCCCUUCCGUCCAGUCUCCCGAGACCACCCCGCCCGGCCCCACGGCCGGCCCCGCGCCGACCGCCUCUCUGGCAUCGCCCAGCCCCUCGCCGACCACCCCGCGGACCGCGGCGCACGCUCCGACCACCCCGCGGGAGGCGACCAGACCCGCGCCGACCACCGUCUCCACAACUACCCGCCUGGCGCCCAGCACCCCCGCCGCGACCACCGUCCCGGCUCCCUCCACCCCCCUGACCCCGACCUCCGAGCCUCCCAGCGGCAGCGGCAACAGCAGCAACAGCAGCAGCAGCAACGUCCCGCCCACCCUACCUGCCGCCGAGGCCCCUUCUCCUCCUCCCCCAGAAUAUAUAUGUAACUGCUCUCUGGUUGGAAGCUUGAAUGUGAAUCAGUGCAACCAGACCACAGGGCAGUGUGACUGUCAUCCAGGUUAUCAGGGACUUCACUGUGAAAUCUGCGAGGAGGGCUUUUAUCUAAAUCACACCUCUGGGCUCUGUCUGCCUUGUCAUUGUAGUCCACAUGGAGCCCUCAGCAUACUUUGCAACAGUUCUGGGAAAUGUCAGUGCAAAGUGGGUGUCACUGGUUCUACAUGUGAUCGAUGCCAAGAUGGAUAUUAUGACUUCAGUAAGAGUGGCUGUUUGCCCUGCCAAUGCAAUAAUCGAUCUGCCAGUUGUGAUGUCCUCACAGGUGCUUGUUUAAACUGCCAGGAAAAUAGUAAAGGGGAUCACUGUGAAGAAUGCAAAGAAGGAUUUUAUCAGAAUCCUGAAGUCACAAAUAAAUGUCUUCGCUGCCCUUGUUCAGCAGUGACAUCUACAGGAAGCUGUAUCAUUGGAUUGGGUGAAUUGGAGCCUAAAUGUGUCCAAUGUAAAGAAGGUUACACAGGCCAGAACUGCAAUGAAUGUGAAAAUGGCUACUACAAUUCUGACAGCAUCUGUAUAAAGUGCCGAUGCCAUGGCCAUGUGGACCGAAUUAAAACCCCAAAGAUUUGUAAGCCAGAGAGUGGUGAGUGCAUCAACUGUCUCCAUAACACCACUGGCUUUCAGUGUGAGAACUGCCUAGAAGGCUAUAUUCGAGACCUCGAGGGAAAUUGCACCAAGAAAGAAGUUAUUGUUCCAACACCUGAAGGUUCUACCAUUUUGGUUUCCAAUGCCUCUCUGGCCACAUCAGUGCCCACCCCUGUUGUAAAUAGUACAUUUACCCCCACGACCCUGCAGACUAUCUUUUCAGUAAGCUCUUCUGAAAACAGCACAUCAGCUCUAGCUGAUGUAUCAUGGACCCAAUUUAACAUCAUCAUUUUGACAGUUAUCAUCAUUGUGGUAGUUCUGCUGAUGGGAUUUGUGGGGGCUGUAUAUAUGUAUCGGGAGUACCAAAACCGGAAACUCAAUGCCCCCUUUUGGACCAUUGAACUGAAAGAAGACAAUAUCAGUUUCAGCAGCUACCAUGAUAGCAUUCCCAAUGCAGACGUGUCGGGAUUGUUGGAAGACGAUGGUAGUGAAGUGGCUCCCAAUGGGCAACUGACCUUGACGACACCCAUACACAACUACAAAGCCUAAGGAACUAGAACUGUUCUUCUGGAUUAUCAGACCACAGUGUUGGUCUCUGGGCCAGACAAAGCCUGGGUAGAGUAUGCUGAGAAGCAUAUAGUGCAUCUGGAAUUUUCAGGUAUAAAUUUGUAAUGCACUUAGUCUAUUACUUAGACGGUGAAGAUUUAAAGCAUUUAUUGUCAAUAAGGACUCGAAGUAAAUUAUAUUUUUGUACCAAGCCACAUGGGUGUAUAGAAAGACUAUGCUCUAUAGUGGAGUCCAAAUCCACUUAAAUCUCCAAAUAGAUUCUUAAGGAAGUGUUCAUCCAACCAUUGGUAACAGGAUAAUGGCUGUGGAGGAGAAAGGACUACUAGAAGACUUCAUCUCCAUUCCUAGACAUUUUUUUUUUUAAGAAGGCCGGAAUGUUACCCAUGUUACUCUACUAAAAACAUCAUUGAGGAAAAGCUGAUACUUGGUCAGUGUCACAAUAAAUCAUCUUGAUGGUUUCUAGAAUAGGGACAGAACAAUACCAAGAGGAUCUUUAGUAGGACUUGAUUUUUCCUCUCAGAAUUUUUGCUCAAGUUUAAGAUUAAAGCACAGGAUAAGCUACUAAUGGUAGAGAGGGGAAAGCAGCAUCCAGGAGCAGGAAACUGAUGGCUUUCCUCAAGGUCUCAUUGUAAAUGAUAAAUUGUCUAAAAGUAAAAGACUGUAAUUCCUGCCUCUAGAGAAUUAAGAUGUAUAUAGAUAAUAUAGAACAUCUGGCUAGCAUUGUAUUUGUAUCUAUUUGUAAAAAAAAAUCAUGUCAUAUUUUAUCAUCUAGAACUUAUUUGUACAGCAGUUAAUGAUGUUGUAAAAAAUAAUGUGGGAAUUGGUUAAAAUACUGUAAAAUAGAUGGCAGUAUUGCUAGAGCUGGGACUCUGGUGUGCAUCGGUCAUUUUUAGUCCCUGUUUGGGCACUGUUGAAAUUUAUAAGAGGUUGAAUGUUUCUAAUCUUUCUUUCCUUUCUGAAUCUAAAGGUAUAUGUUCUUUGACUUACAGUAGAUUCAAGCAAUACAUUUUGUAGUCAAUGAUUGUUAAGCUGGAAUACAGGCUGGACUCUCCAAAUUACUCACCUACUUAGACAUUAGCCACUCAGUAUAUAUUUUAGAUUAAUGUUGAACAUACUUACAUUAAAAGGAUUUUUUUUAAGAUGUAAAAGAUUGUCUUCCAAAGGAAUUAGAAAUAUUUUAGUUCCAAAACAAAAGCCAUCAUAUCACUUUAGGAUCCCCUGUUUAUGAAAUAUUUAUAUUCCUUCCUCUCCUCUAAAAAUACUUCCUAUAUUUGAACAGAGCUUACCAUUUGUAUUCUAUGAGGUGUUUACCAUCUCUUUGCAUUGUUACACUUCUGUCUUGUCCCAUCAGAGGAUAGUUCUACAGGUGGAAGGGUAUGGUUAGUUUAUGCUUUUAGAUGCAAUUUUCCCUAGAGUUUUAUCAGCUGUUUCUCUGAUUUUUUUUAAUGAUAUGAGCAGUUUAUAGAUUAAGUAAGUCAGGAAAAAUAUUCAGAAGUUUAUUAUUGUUAUAUACUAGGAGGAAUAGCAAAUUGCCAAGUAUAGUGGGGGAAAAAGCAAAUUUAUUAGAUUAGAUCUGAAAAAUUCAGCUUGAUGGCUCAGUCUGACCUCCCCAGAGAAAAACUAGAAUUUGGUCAUCUCUUUUCAAGAGACCUUUGGGCAGAGGAUAGAUAACAUAAUGAUUAUACAAACAGACUCUCAUGCCUGAGACUCCAAUGUCCCAAGUUCAAUCCCCCACACCACCAUAAGCCAGAACUGAACAGUGUUCUGGUUAAAAAAAAAAAAAGAGAGAGACCCUUAAGUUCACAGGGUUUAGAGGUAAUGCCCUAGACAAUGUACAGACAGAUAAUCUUCUGAUAACUCCUGAGAGUAAAGAUUACAUUAUAUUAGACUUAUUUAACCUUUCUUUUUAAUUUUUUUAUCAAAUGAAGGAGAGAGAGAGACCAGAGUACUGCUCAGCCCUGGUUUAUAAUGGUGUUGGGAACUGAACCUGGAACCUUGGAACCUUAGGCAUGAAAGUCUUACAUAACCAUUAUGCUGUCUUCCCUGACCAUUAAUUAACAUUUCUAUAUGGAAAUGUUUGCAAAGCCCCUUUUCAUAUAUGUGAACUUUGUUCUUCACCUUUACUCCCUGAAAUAAUCAUUGUCCCCACUUUAUAGAUGAGGUUAACUAUCUUGUUUAAGUUUACACAGUACAGCAUUAUUAAGCUAAGAACCAAGACUCCUAAUUCUGAAGUACUUGUUCUUUCAACUAUAUGCUAAUGCAGAAAUUGUUUAGCCCUGGGCACAAGAAGACUGAAAGAGUUCCAUUUUUAAAUGUUUCUAAUUUUCAUAAGUACAAGGCACAACCUAGUACCAUAUAUCCUUGAAGGACUUUGUGGAAAAACUAUGGGAAGAUUGUUGUUUGAAGCUGAUGUAGUUGAAAAGAAAACUAAACUACUGGUUUGUGCUUCAUUUAAGUGAAUUAAUCCUUCUAAACCGGAAAGGAAAACCUCUGUCUGGCAACAGCCCCAUAUUCAUAUACAGCGGCAUACUUACCUUUCUUUCAGUUUGCCAUCUGCACAAAGUCAGGGUUUGAAGAUAGUGAGAAAUAAACAUUUGUUUAGAUUGAAGUUAACCUCAGAGAGAAAGAAGGAACAUUUGUUGGCGUCUAAGAGUCCAAGUCUAGAUACUGGCUGUAUAAAGGUUCCUUGAGGGGAAAAAAAAUUGCAAAAAAGAGACUCAUAAACAUUUAUCUUUAAAUACUAAUAGCUACAAAGUCACAUUCUUAAAUUUUCCCAGAGGGGGAAAAAUCCCAUUGAGAGUAUUUAGUCUUAAAAUUUGCUUUGAGGAUGGGGGUAUAGCAUAAUGGUUAUGCAAAGAGACUUUCAUGCCUGAGGCUCUCAAAUCCCAGGUUCAAUCCCCCCAUACUGCCAUAAGCCAGAGCUGAGCAGUGCUCUGGUAAAAAAAAAAAAAAAAAAAUUGCUUUGAAUAUUUUUUAUUGUCCUCUGAUUUUUGCUGGUGAAAGUAAUUUUAAUCUAAAAUACUACUCAAUCCUGGAGUGACCUACCACCAAAAACAAACUAGGAAAAUUGUAUGAACUGCAUUGCCCAAGACUCAUUCUUCUAAAGGCAUAAUCUCCAUGAACUAUGGUGUUGAAUGCCAGGAUCCCACUGGUCUUUUACUAAGCUUAAUAUUGGAAGAAUUUUUAUCUAAGAAUUAGAUUGUGUGCUUAUUGUCAAAUAAGACUAGUUGAAUCCUAUUGCUAAGUGACAAAUACUAUUAUUAAAUAAUAUUUUCAUCAUUAAUUCAUCUUAAUAAAACCCUUCCUUAUGCAUUCUAACAGGUGGCCCAGGCUGUAUUAGGCUGUCUUCCUGCAUUUUCCCCUCCUUCCCUCCCUCAACCUCCCAGAGGUAUCAUUUUAAUGGAAUUUCUCCAGUUAUAGAGAAAAAGUUUAAUGAAAUCUAAAUUUCAUUUAUACUAAGGUCCUAUGGACUUAAUGUGUUACUCUUAGGGUUAUCUGAAGAGAAUAGAAUGAAAAUGUGAUGGAAAAAGAGAAAUUAAAAAAAAAUUUUUUAGAAUCCCCCAAAUUUCAUUACUACUCUCUAGCUCCACUAUUGCCAGAAACACUGACCAAUAUAGCAAUAUUCAUUGGUGAGUUAGUUCAUUUUGGUCAGCUAAAUGCCUUCAGGACAUUUAGCCUUUCUAUAUGUUUUUCUUUUUUUCCUUGUGCUAUUUUGGAGGCAGAAAGCUAAAGCAAUAGUACUUCUAGACAGUUUCAGUUGGGAUAGAAUAAUUAGGUCUUUUGCCUUGCUUGACCCUGUAAUUUUUACAGAACACAUGGUGGACCUACCACCAUCUAUAAUGAACAUUCCCUUGCUAGAUUUUUGGGGUAUUAGGAGUUCAAUUUUUAUUUAUUUCAGGAGUUGAAUUUUUUCAACUCUCUGACAGAAAGUUUAGAGAAGUAAAAACUAACUCUGUUUGACUUGUUAAAGCUCAGAAAGCAUUCUGGCCUCAUACACAGAAAGCUUUUGAUCUGUUUUGAUCUCCUUGGUACUUAGGAGUUUGAGAGCUAACAUAAGUUUGGUGUUUGCAGGGGAGUAAUGGGAGAUAAAUGCAAGUUUUCUCUUUAACCAGUGACUAAGCCAAGGGGGAAAGCAGAAAAAUGUACUGAUUUAUCUAAAUAAGUCAAUUAUUAUCAAUGAAAUAAAAGUUACAGACCAUUAAAAUGUCAGUGGUUGAAUGCUUUUUCAAAAGCAGCUGGGAUUCUUUCUUAUCAUUUAUGUACAUGCAAUAACUGCAACAGCAGCUUACAAAGUGAGCCGUGGGCUUCAGAUCUAAGUUAGUCCAAAGCUAAAAGAUUUAAAGUUAAGUUUUGAUGCUAGGCACAAGCACGGUAUCACAUUAAAUUUUAGCCCAAGCAGUUAGGGAAUGUUUCUGAAACAUUAAACUUAUAUAUCUGUUACUAAAAUUCUAACACAAAAUUUAAAACAUGCAUAUGCUUCAUGAUGCAUUUCUAAUUUGUGUAUGAUUUGAAUAUAUGAAAGACUUUAUACAAGAGUGUUAUUUAAAAUUAUUAAAAAUAAAUGUAUAUAAUUUGUA